UGAAGAUCAACUUGAAACUUUCAAAGCAAUCAUUCCUGAUCAAUUGAAGUAGGUUACUCUUAUGAUUUGUGGGGCGCUGUUUCAGUGUUUGUUCCCUCAGCAAGGCGGAGUAAUGUGCUGCUCAUGAAUCCUAUGAUCCAGAUGGCGGAAAGCAUUGCUGCAAGCUCCGGAGCUUUGAGAUACUUGGCGUUCUCGCGAGGAAUGCACUUUCUUCCUGUCAAGUCUCCAAGCACACACGCGAUUGCAUCGGGGUUCACGCAAAGUUCACAAAGCAUGUCGCUUGCUGCCAGAACCGGAUUGCCAAGCAUGAGGUUUCACAGAAUCACACUACCAAAGGGCGAUAAGUUGUUGCUCAGCUCACGGCAGAGCAAAAGGGGGCACUCGGACCGCCUCUCCUUUCCUCUUUUGUCUUGGUCAGCCCCGAAGUCAUCUACUUGUGAGCCCUCUUCGGGGUUUAGGCAGGCCUCCUCUUUGGCCCACCACCUCUGUAACCACCCCAUCAACCACUUAGUUGACCACCCGCUUAACCCACUUUUUCACCACGCCACCAACCGUAAAAUCAAUCUCUCAACCAAAAGUCUUUUCAGAGCAACUACCACCCCUUGCCGGUGGGACGCAGUCCGUUCGUUUGGUGCCAGAUCCACACUCACUUCUGCAAUAGCUGACACAGUAGAGGAAUCUAGUCAAUCUGAGACUGAUCAAAGAAGAACGCAGCAGGCUCGGCCCGAUGUUGAAAAGGCAUCUUCUGCGUACAUUCACAUCCCGUUCUGUAAGCGCCGGUGCCACUACUGCGACUUCCCCAUUCAGGUGGUCGGCAGCCGGCCAGAGAACGAGGCUGUCGCGGAGGGUAUGGAGCGAUACGUCGACACAGUAUGCCAAGAGAUUGAUGUAACAAGGGCCGCAGCGGACCCCGCUUCUUUCGAGCCCCUGCGCACGGUCUUCUUCGGAGGGGGCACUCCGUCUCUUCUCCCUCCCAGGCUCUUGGACCGCCUCCUAAAAAAGCUGGAGCACAAUUUUGGAAUCCAGUCGGAUGCAGAGAUUUCUGUAGAGAUGGACCCAGGCACGUUUGAUGACGAUAAGCUACGGGCGUUCAUGUCGACUGGUGUGAACAGGCUUAGCAUGGGCGUGCAGGGUUUCCAAGACGACCUCCUCCGACAGUGCGGCCGUUCGCACGGCCUCGCCGACGUUCACUCCGCUAUAGAAACGGUCCACCGGUCGGGCCUUUCCAACUGGAGCCUCGACCUCAUUUCUAGUCUGCCGCAUCAAACCCCCGAGCUAUGGCAACACUCCCUUGACCAAGCGGUCCAAGCCUCCCCCAGUCACGUCUCUGUCUACGACCUUCAGAUUGAAGAGGGGACAGCUUUUGGUCGGUGGUUCAAACCGGGGGAAGGGCCGCUUCCCGGGGAUGACGUGGCAGCGGGGAUGUAUAGGCAGGCGGUGGCGACGCUGACGGCGGCGGGGUAUGGGCACUACGAGAUCAGUAACUACGCGAAGGCGGGUUACGAGUGCCGCCACAACUGCGUGUAUUGGAACGGAGCGCCCUACUUUGCGUUCGGCCUGGGGGCCGCGAGUUACAUCAACCGUCAAAGGUUCUCACGUCCGCGAAAGAUGGCCGAAUAUCCGAAAUGGGUGCAACAAUAUGCGGCUUCCCGGGGAGUCAUCGACUGGCCGGAGGAUGGCCCCGAGGAGCGACUGCUGGACCGGCUGAUGCUGCGGCUACGGCUCGCUGAGGGGGUUGAUUUGAAAGCCUUAAAGGACGAAUUUGGGGAGGAAGCCGCACAGGCCGUCUGUAAGGGUUUGGCGCCAUUCGUUGCAAGCGGGCACGUUAUUCCCUCUGAGCCGGCUGCUAGCAACGGACCUAGAGGAAAGGAGAACGGGGUCACCUUAUCGUUGCAUUCAACGGUCAGGCUGAGCGAUCCAGAGGGCUUUCUUCUUUCAAACGAGAUUCUUUCAACACUAUUUGCUCAAUUGCCUAAUGAAUCCUAGCAACAAAAGCGUUUAUCCUUGCAAUUUCUGAAUUUCGACCCGGCAAGAGCCGAAAUCACGCUGUUUGCGAAAGACAGGACAUGAUUGACAAUCUGCCGUACAGGCUGCCAG